AUGGUAGGCUACGACUGCGCUGGUGUGGUAAAGGAGGUUGGGGACGAUGUGAAGAAAUUCAAGGUUGGUGAUGAGGUUUAUGUGAGACUACCAGAGAGCCAUCGUGGUUCAUGGGCUGAGUACGCCACAUGUCCUGAAAGCUACAUCGCAUCCAAACCGAAGAUGCUGAAUUUCGAAGAGGCAGCAUCGUUACCAUUGGCUGCGGUAACUGCUUUACAGGCCUCGCGAAAAUACAGGGGCUCAUUGGAGGGCAAGACAGUAUUUGUGCCUGCUGGAUUAAUCGAUUACACCAAGGAAGAGCCUACCACUGUCAUCCCACGUGGAAGCGUCGACUUCGUCUUUGACACUACCGGAGAAGCUAUGCGAUUUCUCUCUCUCAUGACACCUUCAACUAGCUCCAUCGUCUCGAUCUCGACAUUACCUUCUGGCACGCAGCUGCAAGGCUCGUCAAUCAUGCGACGGCCUGAUAACCCUCAGAUGCCGUGGCUGGAAUACCUGAGCCUGAACCUCUUGGACAUAGUGAGCAAGUUGCGAGCAAGAAGAUGGGGAGUGGAGUAUCAGUACAUGUUCCUGGAGCCAGACGGCGAGGAUCUGGGCGAGAUCACCAACUACGUCGAAGAGGGACUACUAAGACCGGUCAUUGGAUCUACAGCAGACAUGAAGAAUCUCGAUAGCGUAAGAAAGGUAGCUGGCUUCGUCUAUGAUGGCAAAGGAGGACUCGGAAAGUCAGUCAUCAAGGUGCGGUAA